AUGGCUAAGGUAAGGGCUAGAAUUAGCUCCGGAUCUUCUAACAGCAUGUGUGCAUGUAUUAUAAAUUAGCAGCGUGGCAGUUUUCCCAAAGUUCUCAAAGUUUGCUGUAUCUAUAAUAGCAGCCAAGGACGUUCGCUAGCUUAUUUGUUUGUUCUCUGAUUUACACGCAAGUGUCCAGGUCAGCAGUUUACACAUGUGACUCUCUUCAGCCAGAUGAAAAACCUCCCAUAGCAAAAUAUACCUAGCUAGCUAACUACCUUCCCUUUGCUUCUCAGUGAACUGGUGUUAGCUAGCUAGCUAGCUAGCUACAGCUGCUAGCCUUUUACUAACUAGCUAGCUAGCUAGCUAGCUAGCUACAGCUGCUAGCCUUUUACUAGCUAGCUGCUGCUGCCACACAGCAACAGAGAUGUUAGCUUUGUCACAAAUGCUAUAAAAAGGUAGCAUGUUGUUGGUUUUUAUUGGGCAGAAAUGUGGAUGUGUGAGCUGUAAAUUGUGAAUUUAAUAAAAAAAACUGUUGCACCUACAAACAUACUAAGUCCAAAUGGAUCUAAUGGUCACCUUACGGACGCUGUAGAUUUGGGCAAAAAAUUGUCUGAUGACCCUAAUGCUAACAACCCGGUAAAAAAAUCUGGUGGUUCCCGGUAACGGCCGGACGGAUCAUGAUGAGAGGUGUGGAUUGUGUUGUGUACCUCCAAUCAAGUUGAUUUGUGAAUUUUCAAUGACAUUGAUGUGUUAUUGGCUUCGAUACAAUGGUAGGGACAUUUUAAUUAUUACUUUUAUUUUUAAAUGUUGUAUCUCCUUUUUCUCCCCAAUUGGUAAUUACGAUCUUGUCUCAUCGCUGCAACUCCCCAACGGACUCGGGAGAGGCGAAGGUCGAGAGUCAUGCGUCCUCCGAAACAUGACCUGCCAAGCUGCGCUGCUUUUUAACACACUGCUCGCUUAACCCGGAAGCCAGCCGCACCAAUGUGUCGGAAGAAACAUCGUCCAACUGACAACCGAAAUCAGCUUGCAGUGCGCCCGGCCCGCCACAAGGAGUCGCUAGAGCACGAUGUGCCAAGGAAAGGGAGGUUUGGCAUCCUAAACCCAUGGUUACAUCCCAAAUGGCACCCUACUCCCUAUAUAGUGCACUAUUUAUUUUUUAUUUUUACUAUGGCCCAUAAUCCUCUGGUCAAAAUGAGUGCACUAUAUAGGGAAUAGGGUGCCAUUUGCAACGGAGCCCAUGUCUUUUUAUAGAACACCCCCUAUGCAGCCACACACACACACGCACACACACACACACACACACACGCUCGCACACACACACACACACACACGCUCGCACACACACACACACACACACGCGCACGCUCAGCAGCAACAACAUGCUGGUGUUUUCUUAAAGCAUUUCAGAGAUUGCUGAUUUGAUUAGAAUCUGCCUGCUGGCUGCUGCCUCAGCGCUCUCGCUGUGUGUGUGUGUGUGUGUGUGUGUGUGUGUGUGUGUGUGUGUGGGGCUGUUACCUCAGUGUGGGGGCACAGCUAAUGUUACGGGCCAAAGAAUACAAUCUUUUCUUGGAAAGAGAAUCAACUCGUGUGUGUGCUUGCCGUUGUGUGCGACGUGUGUGUGUCAUUGACUUGUGUGUGUAUGUAGCUGCCAACUCAUUUGUGUUUAAUUCUACUUGAACAAAACAACAUUAGGAAUGGGUGCUUUGAGACUUUAAACACAGACACACAAUGACAGACACCUCAAAUCCAACGUGCGGAGAGCCAAAGAUGAACCUCUCGCUCCUACUUCUCCACCUACAGCACGUGUCCGACACAGCAUGUAGAGUGAUACUCGUUAACAGAUCCACAAUGUAUUAGCUCAAUCCCUGCGGAUGUCAAGGCUCCAAGUUAGAUGUAGAUGUGGUUCGUCCUGAUCUUUUAGUAUUGUCUCUCACCAGCUGUAUGUAAUACUGUCUCCACCAGCUGUAAUGUAUUACUGCUCCACCAGCUGUAAUGUUUACUGUCUCCACCAGCUGUAUUGUAAUUACUGUCUCCACCAGCUGUAAUGUAAUAUGUCUCCACCAGCUGUAAUGUAAUUAUUGUCUCCACCACUGUAAUGUAUAUGUCUUGACUUAAACGUCCACCACUGUAUGUAUUACCGUCUCCACCAGCUUGUAAUGUAUACUGUCCCCUCCACCAGCUGUAAUGAUUACUGUCUCCACCACCUGUAAUGUAUCACUGUCUCCACCAGCUCGUAAUGUAUUACUGUCUCCACCACUGUAAUGAUGAUUACUGUCCUCCACCAGCUGUAAUGUAUACUGUCUCCACCAGCUGUAAUGUAUUACUGUCUCCACCAGCUGUAAUGUAUUACUGUCUCCACCAGCUGUAAUUGAUUACUGUCUCCACCAGCUGUAAUGUAAUACUGUCUCCACCAGCUGUAAUGUAUACUGUCUCCACCAGCUGUAAUUAAUACUGCUCCACCAGCUGUAAUGUAUUACUGUCUCCACCAGCUGUAAUGUAUUACUGUCUCCACCAGCUGUAAUGUAUUACUGUCUCCACCAGCUGUAAUGUAUUACUGUCUCCACCAGCUGUAAUGUAUUACUGUCUCCACCAGCUGUAAUGUAAUACUGUCUCCACCAGCUGUAAUGUAAUACUGUCUCCACCAGCUGUAAUGUAUUACUGUCUCCACCAGCUGUAAUAUGUAUUACUGUCUCCACCAGCUGUAAUGUAUACUGUCUCCACCAGCUGUAAUGUAUACUGUCUCCACCAGCUGUAAUGUAUUACUGUCUCCACCAGCUGUAAUGUAAUACUGUCUCCACCAGCUGUAAUGUAAUACUGUCUCCACCAGCUGUAAUGUAUUACUGUCUCCACCAGCUGUAAUGUAUUACUGUCUCCACCAGCUGUAAUGUAUUACUGUCUCCACCAGCUGUAAUGUAAUGUAUUACUGUCUCCACCAGCUGUAAUGUAUUACUGUCUCCACCAGCUGUAAUGUAAUACUGUCUCCACCAGCUGUAAUGUAAUACUGUCUCCACCAGCUGUAAUGUAUUACUGUCUCCACCAGCUGUAAUGUAUUACUGUCUCCACCAGCUGUAAUGUAUACUGUCUCCACCAGCUGUAUGUAUUACUGUCUCCACCAGCUGUAAUGUAAUAUACUGUCUCCACCAGCUGUAAUGUAUACUGUCUCCACCACUGUAAUGUAUUACUGUCUCCACCAGCUGUAAUGUAAUUACUGUCUCCACCAGCUGUAAUGUAAUACUGUCUCCACCAGCUUAUGUAAUCUGUCUCCCAGCGUUUAUUUAUUACUGUCUUCACCAGCUGUAAUGUAUUAUGUCUCCACCAGCUGUAAUGUAUUACUGUCUCCACCAGCUGUAAUGUAUUACUGUCCCACCAGCUGUAAUGUAAUACUGUCUCCACCAGCUGCAAUGUAAUACUGUCUCCACACAGCUGUUAAUGUAAUUACUGUCUCCACCAGCUGUAAUGUAUUACUGUCUCCACCAGCUUGUAAUGUAUUACUGUCUCCACCAGCUGUAAUGUUUACUGGUCUCCACCAGCUGUAAUGUAAUACUGUCUCCACCAGCUGUAAUGUAUUACUGUCUCCACCAGCUGUAAUGUAAUACUGUCUCCACCAGCUUAAUGUUUACUGUCUCCACCAGGUGUAUGUAAUGUAUUAACUGUCUCCACCAGCUGUAAGUAUUACUGUCUCCACCAGCUGUAAUGUCUUACUGUCUCCACCAGCUGUAAAUAUCUUACUGUCUCCACCAGCUGUAAUGUAAUACUGUCUCCACCAGCUGUAAUGUAAUGACUCGUCCUCCACCAGCUGUAAUGUAUUACUGUCUCCACCACUGUAAUGUAUUACUGUCUCCACCAGCUGUAAUGUAUUACUGUCUCCACCAGCUGUAAUGUAUUACUGUCUCCACCAGCUGUAAUUUUACUGUCUCCACCAGCUGUAAUGUAAUACUGUCUCCACCAGCUGUAAUGUAAUACUGUCUCCACCAGCUGUAAUGUAUUACUGUCUCCACCAGCUGUAAUGUAUUACUGUCUCCCUCUCUCCACCAGCUGUAAUGUAUACUGUCUCCACCAGCUGUAAUGUAAUACUGUCUCCACCAGCUGUAAUGUAUACUGUCUCCACCAGCUGUAAUGUAUUACUGUCUCCAACCUGUGUAAUGUAUUACUGUCUCCACCAGCUGUAAUGUAAUGUAUUACUGUCUCCACCAGCUGUAAUAAUACUGUCUCCACCACUGUAAUGUAAUACUGUCUCCACCAGCUGUAAUGUAUUACUGUCUCCACCAGCUGUAAUGUAUACUGUCUCCACCAGCUGUAAUGUAUUACUGUCUCCUCCACCAGCUGUAUGUAUACUUACUGUCUCCACCAGCUGUAAUGUAAUUAACUGUCUCCACCAGCUGUAAUGUAAUUACUGUCUCCACCAGCUGUAAUGUAUUACUGUCUCCACCAGCUGUAAUGUAUUACUGUCUCCACCAGCUGUAAUGUAAUGUAUUACUGUCUCCACCAGCUGUAAUGUAAUACUGUCUCCACCAGCUGUAAUGUAAUACUGUCUCCACCAGCUGUAAUGUAUUACUGUCUCCACCAGCUGUAAUGUAAUACUGUCUCCACCAGCUGUAAUGUAUUACUGUCUCCACCAGCUGUAAUGUAUUACUGUCUCCACCAGCUGUAAUGUAUUACUGUCUCCACCAGCUGUAAUGUAAUACUGUCUCCACCAGCUGUAAUGUAUUACUGUCUCCACCAGCUGUAAUGUAUAUACUGUCUCCACCAGCUGUAAUGUAUACUGUCCUCCCACCAGCUGUAAUGUAAUACUGUCUCCACCAGCUGUAAUGUAUUACUGUCUCCACCAGCUGUAAUGUAUACUGUCUCCACCAGCUGUAAUGUAUUACUGUCUCCACCAGCUGUAAUGUAUUACUGUCUCCACCAGCUGUAAUGUAUUACUGUCUCCACCAGCUGUAAUUAUUACUGUCUCCACCAGCUGUAAUGUAUUACUGUCUCCACCAGCUGUAAUGUAAUACUGUCUCCACCAGCUGUAAUGUAUUACUGUCUCCACCAGCUGUAAUGUAUUACUGUCUCCACCAGCUGUAAUGUAUUACUGUCUCCACCAGCUGUAAUGUAUACUGUCUCCACCAGCUGUAAUGUAUUACUGUCUCCACCAGCUGUAAUGUAAAUUACUGUCUCCACCAGCUGUAAUGUAUUACUGUCUCCACCAGCUGUAAUAAUGUAUUACUGUCUCCACCAGCUGUAAUUAAUACUGUCUCCACCAGCUGUAAUGUAAUACUGUCUCCACCAGCUGUAAUGUAAUUACUGUCUCCACCAGCUGUAAUGUAUUACUGUCUCCACCAGCUGUAAUGUAUUACUGUCUCCACCAGCUGUAAUGUAUUACUGUCUCCACCAGCUGUAAUGUAAUAUACUGUCUCCACCAGCUGUAAUGUAAUACUGUCUCCACCAGCUGUAAUGUAUUACUGUCUCCACCAGCUGUAAUGUAUUACUGUCUCCACCAGCUGUAAUGUAAUGUAUUACUGUCUCCACCAGCUGUAAUGUAAUACUGUCUCCACCAGCUGUAUGUAAUACUGUCUCCACCAGCUGUAAUGUAUUACUGUCUCCACCAGCUGUAAUCUGUAAUUUACUGUCUCCACCAGCUGUAAUGUAAUACUGUCUCCACCAGCUGUAAUUUGUAUUACUGUCUCCACCAGCUGUAAUGUAUUACUGUCCUCCACCAGCUGUAAUGUAUACUGUCCUCCCACCAGCUGUAAUGUAUUACUGUCUCCACCAGCUGUAAUGUAAUGUAUACUGUCCUCCACCAGCUGUAAUGUAAUUACUGUCCUCCACCAGCUGUAAUGUAAUUACUGUCUCCACCAGCUGUAAUGUAUUACUGUCUCCACCAGCUGUAAUGUAAAUGUAUUUACUGUCUCCACCAGCUGUAAUGUAUUACUGUCUCCACCAGCUGUAAUGUAUUACUGUCCUCCACCAGCUGUAAAUGUAAUACUGUCUUCCUCACCAGCUGUAAUGUAAUGUAAUACUGUCUCCACCAGCUGUAAUGUAUACUGUCUCCACCAGCUGUAAUGUAAUUACUGUCUCCACCAGCUGUAAUGUAAUACUGUCUCCACCAGCUGUAAUGUAAUACUGUCUCCACCAGCUGUAAUGUAAUACUGUCUCCACCAGCUGUAAUGUAUUACUGUCUCCACCAGCUGUAAUGUAUUACUGUCUCCACCAGCUGUAAUGUAUUACUGUCUCCACCAGCUGUAAUGUAAUACUGUCUCCACCAGCUGUAAUGUAAUACUGUCUCCACCAGCUGUAAUGUAAUACUGUCUCCACCAAGCUGUAAUGUAUUACUGUCUCCACCAGCUGUAAUGUAUUACUGUCUCCACCAGCUGUAAUGUAUUACUGUCUCCACCAGCUGUAAUGUAUUACUGUCUCCACCAGCUGUAAUGUCUUACUGUCUCCACCAGCUGUAAUGUCUUACUGUCUCCACCAGCUGUAAUGUAAUACUGUCUCCACCAGCUGUAAUGUAAUACUGUCUCCACCAGCUGUAAUGUAUUACUGUCUCCACCAGCUGUAAUGUAUAUACUGUCUCCACCAGCUGAGUAAUGUAACUGUCUCCCACCAGCUGUAAUGUAUUACUGUCUCCACCUCACGUCAGCUGUAAUGUAUGUAUUACUGUCUCCACCAGCUGUAAUGUAAUACUGUCUCCACCAGCUGUAAUGUAAUGUAUUACUGUCUCCACCAGCUGUAAUGUAUUACUGUCUCCACCAGCUGUAAUGUAAUACUGUCUCCACCAGCUGUAAUGUAAUACUGUCUCCACCAGCUGUAAUGUAUUACUGUCUCCACUAGCCACCAGCUGUAAUGUAAUAUACUGUCUCCACCAGCUGUAAUGUAAUACCUUCUCCACCAGCUGUAAUGUAAUACUGUCUCCACCAGCUGUAAUGUAAUGUAAUACUGUCUCCACCAGCUGUAAUGUAUUACUGUCUCCACCAGCUGUAAUGUAAUGUAAUACUGUCUCCACCAGCUGUAAUGUAUUACUGUCUCCGCCAGGUGUAAUGUAAUACUGUCUCCACCAGCUGUAAUGUAUUACUGUCUCCACCAGGUGUAAUGUAAUACUGUCUCCAUCAGCUGUAAUGUAAUACUGUCUCCCCAGGAGCUGUCACUGUAAUGUACUGUCUCUCCACCAGCUGUAAUGUAAUACUGUCUCCACCAGCUGUAAUGUAAUACUGUCUCCACCAGCUGUAAUGUAAUACUGUCUCCACCAGCUGUAAUGUAAUACUGUCUCCACCAGCUGUAAUGUAAUACUGUCUCCACCAGCUGUAAUGUAUUACUGUCUCCACCAGCUGUAAUGUAAUACUGUCUCCACCAGCUGUAAUGUAUUACUGUCUCCACCAGCUGUAAUGUAUUACUGUCUCCACCAGCUGUAAUGUAAUACUGUCUCCACCAGCUGUAAUGUAAUACUGUCUCCACCAGCUGUAAUGUAAUGUAAUACUGUCUCCACCAGCUGUAAUGUAAUACUGUCCUCCACCAUGCUGUAAUGUAAUUACUGUCUCCCCCUUCUCACCAGCUGUAAUGUAUUCCACGUAUUACUGUCUCCACCAGGUGUAAUGUAUUACUGUCUCCACCAGCUGUAAUGUAUUACUGUCUCCACCAGCUGUAAUGUAAUACUGUCUCCACCAGCUGUAAUGUAAUGUAUUACUGUCUCCACCAGCUGUAAUGUAUUACUGUCUCCACCAGCUGUAAUGUAUUACUGUCUCCACCAGCUGUAAUGUAUUACUGUCUCCACCAGCUUUAAUGUAUUACUGUCUCCACCAGCUGUAAUGUAAUACUGUCUCCACCAGCUGUAAUGUAAUACUGUCUCCACCAGCUGUAAUGUAAUACUGUCUCCACCAGCUGUAAUGUAUUACUGUCUCCACCAGCUGUAAUGUAUUACUGUCUCCACCAGCUGUAAUGUAUUACUGUCUCCACCAGCUGUAAUGUAAUACUGUCUCCACCAGCUGUAAUGUAUUACUGUCUCCACCAGCUGUAAUGUAUUACUGUCUCCACCAGCUGUAAUGUAUUACUGUCUCUACCAGCUGUAAUGUAUUACUGUCUCCACCAGCUGUAAUGUAUUACUGUCUCCACCAGCUGUAAUGUAAUACUGUCUCCACCAGCUGUCUAGUGGAGGAGGAGCUAACAUUCCACAUAUUGUACUCUGUCAUGUCACAGGGACAUUAUCAUGCUGAAAACAGAAAAGGGCCUUCCCCAAACUGUUACCACGAAGUUGGAAGCACAGAAUCGUCUAGAAUGUCAUUGUAUGCUGUAGCGUUAAGAUUUCCCUUCACUGGAACUAAGGGGCCUGGCCCGAACCAUGAAAAACAGCCCCAGACCAUUAUUCUUCCUGGUGAUCUUAGGCUUGUGUGUGGUUGCUCUGCCAUGGAAACCCAUUUCAUGAAGCUCCUGACGAACAGUUCUUGUGCUGACGUUGCUUCCAGAGGCAGUUUGGAACUCGAUAGUGAGUGUUGCGACCGAGGACAGACGAUUUUUACGCACUACGCGCUUCAGCACUCGGCGGUCCCGUUCUGUGAGCUUGUGUGGCCUACCACUUCGCGGCUGAGCCGUUGUUGCUCCUAGACGUUUCCACUUCACAAUAACAGCACUAACAGUUGACCGGGGGCAGCGCUAGCAGGGCAGAAAUCUGACGAACUGACUUGUUGGAAAGGUGGCAUCCUAUGACGGUGCCACGUUGAAAGUCACUGAGCUCUUCAGUACGGGCCAUUCUAUUGCCAGUGUUUGUCUAUGGAGAUUUCAUGGCUGUGUGCUCGAUUUUAUACACCUGUCAGCAAAGGGUGUGGCUGGAAUAGCCGAAUCCACUAAUUUGAAGGGAUGUCCACAUAAUGCUGUAUAUACAGUGUAUAUGAAAUGAUUUUGCAGUGCUUCAUGUUCUCUUCGUUUCUCUCCAGUUCAUCAGGCUAUGCCAGACGCUGAAGUACUUUGGCUACAUUCAGUUUGACCCAUGCGUGACAGACUUCCCGGAGAAGGGCUGUCACGUGAUCGUCUCCGCGGGCAACAACGAGCUCAACUUCCAGGUCAAGCUGCCCAAUGAACAGAUGAAAGAGGGGAGCUUCAAGGUCACACGCAUGAGGUGCUGGCGGGUCACUUCUUCUGUAAGUAACCCACCCCAACAUAAAGUUAGUCUAUUCUCCUCUAGAGUGAUGGUGCCCCUAGAGGAGACUGAUCUAUGGUUACUCUAGAGUGAUGGUGCCCCUAGAGGAGACUGAUCUAUGGUUACUCUAGAGUGAUGGUGCUCCUAGAGGAGACUGAUCUAUGGUUACUCUAGAGUGAUGGUGCUCCUAGAGGAGACUGAUCUAUGGUUUCUCUAGAGUGAUGGUGCUCCUAGAGGAGACUGAUCUAUGGUUACUCUAGAGUGAUGGUGCUCCUAGAGGAGACUGAUCUAUGGUUACUCUAGAGUGAUGGUGCUCCUAGAGGAGGCUGAUCUAUGGUUACUCUAGAGUGAUGGUGCUCCUAGAGGAGACUGAUCUAUGGUUACUCUAGAGUGAUGGUGCUCCUAGAGGAGACUGAUCUAUGGUUACUCUAGAGUGAUGGUGCUCCUAGAGGAGACUGAUCUAUGGUUACUCUAGAGUGAUGGUGCCCCCUAGAGGAGACUGAUCUACGGUUACUCUAGAGUGAUGGUGCUCCUAGAGGAGACUGAUCUAACGGUUCCUAGAGUGAUGGUGCCCCCUAGAGUAGGCUGAACUACCGGUUACUCUAGAGUGAUGGUGCCCCUAGAGGAGGCUGAUCUACGGUUACUCUAGAGUGAUGGUGCUCCUAGAGGAGACUGAUCUACGGUUACUCUAGAGUGAUGGUGCUCCUAGAGGAGACUGAUCUACGGUUACUCUAGAGUGAUGGUGCUCUAAAACGGUUUACUCCUAUAGUCUGGUGCUGCCUCCUGAGGAGUCUGAGCUAUGGUUACUCUAGAGUGAUGGUGCCCCUAGAGGAUUCUGAUUCCUCGUUACUCUAGAGUGAUGGUGCUCCUAGAGGAGACUGAUAAAUGGCUAGUUUUGCAGCCCCCUUACCAUAGUGGUUAAGGUUAGGAUAUAAGGAAGGUUAGCUGAUCCUACAUCAGUGCUUUUACCUGGAGAGGUCCUAGCGGGUCACUUCUUCUGCAAGUGUGGUUCUCCCUCCUUCUCUCCUCUCCUCUCCUCCUCUAUCCUCUCCUCUCCCCCUCUCUCCUCUCCCCCUCCUCUCCUCUUCCCCUCCUCUCCUCUUCUCUCCUCUCCUCUCCCCCUCUCUCCUCUCCCCCUCUCUCCUAUCCCCCUCUCUCCUAUCCUCACUCCCCCUCUCUCCUCUCCCCCUCCUCCCCUCCCCUCCUCUCCCCCUCCUCCCCUCCCCUCCUCUGUCCCCCCUCCUCCCCUCCCCUCCUCUCCUCUCCCCUCCCCUCCUCUCCUCCCUCCUCUAUCCUCUCUCUCUCCCUCCUCCUCCCUUUCCCCCUCUCUCUAUCUCCUCCCCUCUCCUCGUCCUCUCCCCCCACUCCUCUCCCCUCCCUCUCCCCCUCUCUCCCUCUCCUCUCUAUCCUCGCUCUCUCGGUUCACUUCACUCCUCUCCCCCCCUCCUCUCCCCCUCUCUCCUAUCCUCUCCCCUCCUCUCCCCCUUUCUCCUCUCCCCCUCCUCCCCCCCCUCUCCUCUCCUCUCUCACCUCUCCUCUCCCCCUCUCUCCUCUCUCCCUCCUCUCCCACUCUCUCUCUCCUCUCCCGACUCUCUCCUCUCCUCUCCCCUCCUCUCCCUCUCCCCCCCUCUCCUAUCCGCUCCCCCUCUCUCCAUCUCCCUCCCCCUCUCUCUCUCUCCUCUCCUCCCACUCCUCUUCUCUCCCCCUCCUCUCUUCCUCCUCUCCUCUCACCCUCCUCCUCUCCUUCCUCAUCUAAACCCCUCCUCCUCUCCUCCCUCCUCUAAUCCUCUCCCCUCUCAUCUACCCCUCACUCCUCUCCUCUCCCCCCACUCCUCUCCUCUCCUCCUCCCACCUCCUCUCCCCCUCUCAUAUCUCCCCUCCUCUCCUCUCCCUCUCCCCCUCUCUCCUCUCCUCUCCCACUCUCUCCUCCUCCGCCUCCUCCCCUCCUCUCCCCCUCCUCUCCUCUCCUCCCUCCCAUAUCCUCUCCCCCCUCUCUCCUCUCCUCCCCUCCCAUAUCCUCUCUCCCCCUCUCUCCUCUCCUCUCCCCCCCUCUCCUCUCCUCUCCCCCUCUCUCCUCUCUCCUCCUCUACCCUCUCCUCUCUUCACUACCACUCCUCUCCCCUCCUCUCCCCCUCUCUCCUACCCUCUCCCUUCCCUCUCCCCCUCUCUCCUCUCCCCUCCCCCUCUCUCCUCUCUACCUCUCGCCUCUCCUCUCCCCCUCUCUCCUCUCUCCCCCCCCCUCACUCCUCUCCUCUCCUCUCCCCCUCACUCCUCUAACCACCCCUCUCUCCUCUCAUCUCCCCCUCUCUCCUAUCCUCUCCUCUCCCCCUCUCUCCUCUCCCUCUCCCCUCCCCCCUCUCAUCCUCCCCCUCUCCUCUCCCUCUCCCCCUCUCUCCCCCUUCUCUCCUCCCUCUCCCCCUCUCAUCUCCCCCUCUCUCCUAUCUCUCCCCCUCCUCUCCUAUCCUCUCCCUCCCCCCCUCCUCCUCUCCUCUCUCUCCUCUCCCCCCUCACUCCUCCUCUCCCCUCCUCUCCCCCAUAUCUCCCCCCUCUCUCCUCUCCCUCUCCCCUCCCCCUCUCUCCCUCUCUCCUCUCCUCCUCUCCCCCUCCCCUCCUCUCCCCUCUCUCUCCCCACUCCUCCUCUCCCUCUCCCUCCCCUCUCUCCUCUCCUCUCCCUCUCUCCCUCCUCCCCUCUCUCCCCUCCUCCCUCUUCAGGCCUCUCCCCUCCUCCUCUCUCCUCUCCCCUCCUCCUCUCUCCUCUCCCUCUCGCCCCUCCCCCUCACCCCUCUCCCCUCUCUCAUCCCCCUCUCUCCUCCCCCUCAUCUCCCCUCUCUCACCCUCAUUUCCCUCUCGCCCCCCUCUCUCCUCUCCCCCUCUCUCAUCUCUCCUCUCCCCUCAUCUCCCCUCCCUCAUCUCCCCCUCUCUACCUCUCCUCUCUCCUCCCCUCCCUCUCCUCUUCCCCCCUCCUCUCCUCUCCCUCUCCUCUGGUAAACUGCUGAGCUCUACACCAUCAUCUUCUUCAUCAGGCUGACAAGCCCUGACACACACACACACACACACACACACACACAGAGAGAGACCCACCUAUAUGUUGUCUCUAGUAGUGGUGGGGGGGUGGGGGGGGGAGUUAAUAGUGGUGGGGGGGUGGGGGUGGGGGGGGUUUAGUAUUGGGGGUGGGGUGGGGGGGGGGGGGAGUUAGUAGUGGUGGGGGGGUGGGGGGGGGGGGGGUUAGUAGUGGUGGGGGGGGGGGGGGGGGGGGGGGUGAGUUUAGUGGUAGUUUGCGUUCUGUCUCCUAGAGAUGAACGUACUUUGGUGCGAAAAGUGCAAAUCAAUCCCAGAACAACAACAAAGGACCUUGUGAAGAUGCUGGAGGAAACAGGUACAAAAGUAUCUAUAUCCACAGUAAAACGAGUCCUAUAUCGACAUAACCUGAAAGGCCGCUCAGCAAGGAAGAAGCCACUGCUCCAAAACCGCCACAAAAAAAGCCAGACUAUGGUUUGCAACUGCACAUGGGGACAAAGAUCGUACUUUUUGGAGAAAUGUCCUCUGGUCUGAUGAAACAAAAAUAGAACUGUUUGGCCAUAAUGACCAUCGUUAUGUUUGGAGGAAAAAAGGGGGUUGCUUGCAUGCCGAAGAACACCAUCCCAAACGUGAAGCACGGGGGUGGCAGCAUCAUGCUGUGGGGGUGCUUUGCUGCAGGAGGGACUGGUGCACUUCACAAAAUAGAUGGCAUCGUGAGGAAGGAAAAUUAAGUGGCUAUAUUGAAGCAACAUCUCAAGACAUCAGUCAGGAAGUUAAAGCUUGGUCGCAAAUGGGUCUUCCAAAUGGACAAUGACCCCAAGCAUACUUCCAAAGUUGUGGCAAAAUGGCUGAAGGACAACAAAGUCAAGGUAUUGGAGUGGCCAUCACAAAGCCCUGACCUCAAUCCUAUAGAAAAUGUGUGGGCAGAACUGAAAAAGUGUGUACGAGCAAGGAGGCCUACAAACCUGACUCAGUUACACCAGCUCUGUCAGGAGGAAUGGGCCAAAAUUCACCCAACUUAUUGUGGGAAGCUUGUGGAAGGCUACCCGAAACGUUUGACCACUGCGCCACUCAGGAUCCCUACACAGCCUGACCCUGUAUACAGCCUGAUAUCGUGUUGAGGAGAAAUGAUAGGGAGGACUUGAUGUUUCAUUUCUAUGAGGAGUUGGAAAGAUGAUAAUGAUGAUGAUUAUGACCGUGGGGGAGCAGGGAGCGGAAGAGGCAGGAGAUGAUGAUGAUGAUGAUGAUGAUGACCGUGGGGGAGCAGGGAGCGGGAGAGGCAGGAGAUGAUGAUGAUUAUGAUGAUGAUGAUGAUGAUGAUGCUUGAAAGCCAGCAUAGUAACCCCCCCCUCCCUCCCUCCACAGCAGUUCCCGGUAGCCAAUGGCACAGCCUCCCCCUCCCCCUCCCCCUCCCCCUCCCCCUGCUCAGCCAAGUGCGACCUGAAGUUGGAGCUGGCCUUCGAGUACCUGAUGAGCAAAGACCGCCUCCAGUGGGUCACCAUCACCAGCCCACAGGUCAGGGGGUCAGGGGUCAGUCUGGGGUCACAGAGAGUUUGUGACCUCUACUGCUAAUGUCUCUAGAGUUACUGUGUGUGUCUCUUGGAUCUAAAGCUCUGGUUUGUGUCUUCAGGCGAUCAUGAUGAGCAUCUGUCUUCAGUCCAUGGUAGAUGAGCUGAUGGUCAGGAAAUCAGGAGGCAGCAUCAAGAAGGUGUGUCUUUGUGGGUCUGGGUCUGUGUCUGUCUGUGUGUGUGUGUGUCUGUGUGUGUGUGUGUGUGUGUGUGUGUGUGUGUGUGUGUGUGUGUGUGUGUCUAUGUGUGUCUGUGUGUCUGUGUCUGUGUGUGUGUGUCUGUGUGUCUGUGUGUCUGUGUGUGUGUGUCUGUGUGUGUGUGUGUGUGUCUGUGUGUGUGUGUCUGUGUGUGUGUGUCUGUGUCUGUGUGUGUGUGUCUGUGUGUGUCUGUGUCUGUGUGUGUCUGUGUGUGUCUGUGUGUGUCUGUGUGUGUGUCUGUGUGUGUCUAUGUGUGUCUGUGUGUGUGUGUCUGUUUGUGUCUGUGUGUGUGUCUGUGUGUCUGUGUGUGUGUCUGUGUGUGUCUGUGUGUGUGGGCCCCACAGUCCUACUCCCAUAUGGGCAGCAACACUAUCAGACACUAGUUAUUGGUAGUUGUAUUGUUUGUGAUGGUACAGACACACUGUCCAUAUAACACCCAGCAUGUCUAAGCUCUCCUCGAACACCAGUUUGUCAUUUCCCUGUGUGUGUGUGUGUUAUCUCUGGCAGAUGCUGAGGAAACGUCCCAACGGCUCCCUCCACCGGUCUGAAAGUCAGCAAGCUGUGAAAUCCCCCCCUCUACUGGUGAGAACAGGAACUGCACGGGACAAUGAUCAUAAAAUUGGCAUUUUGUUAGCUUGAAAUCCGGAGCCUGAUUUGUGCUAACGUUUCCACUCCUUGUACUCCGUGUCAUACCAAACAUUCAUGCAUGACAAGUAGUGGAACGAUAGCUAGACAGACUGGAACCCAGGCUAACAUUUGGCUGUUUGAAUUGGAAGGAUCUGGUGUUAGUUUUUAAUGCACCGUAUUGGUGGAACAAAAUUCAAAAUACAUUUUGAUCUUGUUCUGGUGUCAUUCGGGCAGUUUAAAGUAUUGAUUGGGGACUUAUUUUGUGGAGGAAUGUAACUGUUUUUCUGGGUGAUUUGUGAUGUUUUAUUUGUGCUUCCCAUGACUGUGGUUUUAUAUUUUAAUAUAGAGAUAGAUACAUAGAUAUGUAUAUCUAUAUAGAUUACCAUUUAAUAUACAGGAUCAGUCAAAAGUUUGGACACACCUACUCAUUCCAGGGUUUUUCUUAAUUUUUACUAUUUUCUACAUAGUGGAAUAGUAGUGAAGACAUCAAAACUAUGAAAUAACACAUAUGAAAUCAUGUAGUAACUAAAAAAAAGAGUUAAACAAAUCAAAACAUAUUUUAUAUUUGAGAUUCUUCAAAUAGUCACCAUUUGCCUUGAUGACAGCUUUGCACACUCUUGGUAUUCUCUCAACCAGCUUCACCUGCAAUGAUUUUCCAACAGUCUUUAAGGAGUUCCCACAUAUGCUGAGCACUUGUUGGCUGCUUUUCCUUCACUCUGCGGUCCGACUCAUCCCAAACCAUCUCAAUUUGGUUGAGGUCGGGGGAUUGUGGAGGCCAGGUCAUCUGAUGCAGCACUCCAUCACUCUCCUUAUUGGUCAAAUAGCCCUUACACAGCCUGGAGGUGUGUUGGGUCAUUGUCCUGUUGAAAAACAAAUGAUAGUCCCGCUAAGCCCAAACCAGAUGGGAUGGCGUAUCGCUGCAGCAAGCUGUGGUAGCCAUGCUGGUUAAGUGUGCCUUGAAUUCUAAAUAAGUCACCAGCAAAGCACCCCCACACCAUAACACCUCCUCCUCCAUGCUUUACGGUGGGAAAUACACAUGCAGAGAUCAUCCGUUCACCCACACCGCGUCUCACAAAGACAUGCCGGUUGGAACCAAAAAUCUCAAAUUUGGACUCCAGACCAAAGGACACAUUUCCACCGGUCUAAUGUCCAUUGCUCAUGUUUCUUGGCCCAAGCAAGUGUCUUCUUCUAAUUGGUGUCCUUUUGUAGUGGUUUCUUUGCAACAAUUCGACAAUGAAGGCCUGUUUCACACAGUCUCCUCUGAACAGUUGAUGUUGAGAUGUGUCUGUGACUUGAACUCUGUGAAGCAUUUAUUUGGGCUGCAAUUUCUGAGGCUCGUAACUCUAAUGAACUUAUCCUCUGCAGCAGAGGUAACUCUGGGUCUUCCAUUCCUGUGGCGGUCCUCAUGAGAGCCAGUUUCAUCAUAGCGCUUGAUGGUUUUUGCGACUGCACUUGAAGAAACUUUCAAAGUUCUUGAAAUGUUUCGUAUUGACUGACCUUCAUGUCUUAAAGUAAUGAUGGACUGUCAUUUCUCUUUGCUUAUUUGAGCUGUUCUUGCCAUAAUAUGGACUUGGUCUUUUACCAAAUAGGGCUAUCUUCUGUAUACCCCCCCUACCUUGUCACAACACAACUGAUUGGCUCAAACGCAUUAAGAGGGAAAGAAAUUCCACAAAUUAACUUUUAAGAAGGCACACCUGUUAAUUGAAAUGCAUUCCAGGUGAUUAGCUCAUAAAGCUGGUUGAGAGAAUACCAAGAGUGUGCAAAGCUGUCAUCAAGGCAAAGGGUGGCUAUUUGAAGAAUCUGAAAUAUAAAAUAUAUUUGUUUAACACUUUUUUGGUUACUACAUGAUUCCAUAUGUGCUAUUUCAUAGUUUUGAUGUCUUCACUAUUAUUCUACAAUGUAGAAAAUAGUAAAAAUAAAGAAAAACCCUUGAAUGAGCAGGUGUGUGCAAACUUUUAACUGGUAGUGUAUAUAUUAAAAUACAAAAACACAGUAAUGGGAAGCACAAAUAAAACAUCACAAAUAACCUCAUAUCCAUAUCCAUAGAUAGAUAGAUAGAUGGUAGUGCGUACGGCCCAGUACAUCACUGGGGCCAAGCUUCCUGCUACCCAGGACCUCUAUACCAGGCGGUGUCAGAGGAAGGCCCAAGAAACUGUCACACAUUGACUCGGUACCGGUACCCCCUGUAUAUAGCUUCGUUAUUGUUAUUUUAUUGUGUUACUUUUUAUUUUAUUUUUUACUUUAGUUUAUUCAUUAAAUACUUUUCUUAACUCCAUUUCUUGAACUGCGUUGUUGGUGAAGGGCUUGUAAGUAAGCAUUUCACAGUAAGGUCUACACCUGUUGUCUUCGCCCCAUUUGAUUUAGAUACAUCUAUAGAUAAAUAGAUCUAUGUAGGUGUAGAUAGUUUGGGUAUAAUGUGUAUAUUUAUGUUGUGUAUAUGCAGGGUGCAUUUGUAAAAGAGUCCUAGGUCUCAAUAGGUUUUCCCUGUUAAAAUGAAACAAGUUUUGACAUGUUUGGACAUUGUUUUUCCUUCUUGUCUUCUCUGCAGGACACCCCUGACCCAAACCAAGAACAGAUUGUCAAACUCUCAGUGAGUAACACUUCUGCUUUGAUCUCCAAAAGCCUCAGGUUGAAUGUUGAGUCCAUAGAAUUACAUAUAUAAUCAUCAUUAACAGUGAAUCAGAAUCAUCAUUAACAGGGAAUCAGAAUCACCAUUAACAGGGAAUCAGAAACAUAAUUAACAGGGAAUCAUAAUCACCAUUAACAGGGAAUCAUAAUCACCAUUAACAGGGAAUCAGAAUCACAAUUAACAGGGAAUCAGAAUCACCAUUAACAGGGAAUCAGAAUCAUCAUUAACAGGGAAUCAGAAUCAUCAUUAACAGGGAAUCAGAAUCACCAUUAACAGGGAAUCAGAAUCACCAUUAACAGGGAAUCAGAAUCACCAUUAACAGGGAAUCAGAAUCAUCAUUAACAGGGAAUCAGAAUCACCAAUAACAGGGAAUCAGAGGAUAUCUAUACAGUCUGCUUUAGGUGUCUAGGGGUCAAUAUGGAAAUAUAAAGUGUCUGUUGCUCCAACCCUGUUUCUAACCCUGUCUCUCCAUCUGCUCUUUAUUUAUCUGUCUCUCUCUCUCCCCCUUUUUCUCCUCUGUCUCUCUCUCCCCCUUUCUCUCCUCUCCCCCUUUCUCUCCUCUCUCCCCCUUUCUCUCCUCUCUCCCCCUUUCUCUCCCUCUCUCUCCCCCUUUCUCUCCUCUCUGUCUCUCUCCCCCUUUCUCUCCUCUCUGUCUCUCUCCCCCUUUCUCUCCUCUCCUGUCUCUCCCCCUUUCUCUCCUCUCUCCCCCUUUCUCUCCCUCCCCCUUUCUCUCCUCUCUCCCCCUUUCUCUCUCUCUCUUCUCCUCUCCUCGUCUCGUCGUCUCGUCUCUCUCUCCUCUCGGUCUCUCUCCCCCUUUCUCUUCUCCCCUUUCUCUCUCCCCCUUUCUCUCCUCUCUGUCUCUCUCCCCCUUUCUCUCCUCUGUCUCUCUCUGUCCCUUUCUCUCCUCUGUCUGUUUCUCUCCCCCAUGUCUCUCUCUCCCCCCAUUCUCUCCUCUCUCCCCCCCCUGUCUCUCUCUCCUCUCAGACCAAGCUGAGCUCUGUGUCACUCAGAGGGAUCAGCGCCUCCAACUCGGCCAACGACGUCAGCGGCAACGAUUUCCAUGGCAACUACGCCUUUGAGGGGAUCGGGGACGAUGACCUGUAA